AUGUUUACUGUUACUACUACUACCACUACUACUACUACUACUACUACUACUACUACUACUACUACUACUACUACUACUACUAUUAUUACUACUACUACUACUACCACUACUACUACUACUACUACUACUACUACUAUUAUUACUACUACUACUACUACCACUACUACUACUACUACUACUAUUAUUAUUACUACUACUACUACCACUACUACUACUACUACUACUACUAUUAUUAUUAUUAUUAUUAUUAUUAUUAUUUUUAUUUCUAGUACUAAUGCAAUCGCAUCAUACUGA